AUGUCAUCUGGUAAUUUAAAUAAGAAUAUAAUUUUGCAUGGUGAUGAAACUAGCAUACAUGGUGGCGGUAGGACUCAUGGUGACGAAAAUCUUCCCUCAGUGCCAACAACCAUUUCAGUGCACUCAACAACAACCUCUUUACCUACCCCCUCGACCUCUUCAUCUUCGGUGGCGGUAGCAGUAACUAAUCAACAUGCCAAAUCGGUAUCAAAUGAUGGUCCACCGACGAAAACUCAAAGAAUGAUGUCCUCGUAUAUACCAAGGAAACUCGGGUCUAAUGAGAAAUCUCAUAUAGAUAAUUGCCUAUUGAAAAUGAUAACUAAAGACUUUCAGCCCUUAGACAUUGUAAACGACGAAGGAUUCCGGGCAUAUAGCCAAGCGCUGAAUCGGAAUUAUGAGAUUCCCAGUCGUAGAGCCCUAUCCAAUAGAUUAUUAGCAGCUGAAUAUGAAAACAAGCUAUGUGAAAUAAAAAAUAAACUAAAAAAUUUCUGUGAAACUAUCUGCUUGACCGUAGAUUGCUGGACGUCAAGAAGCAUGGACGCUUACAUAGCUGUUACUGGCCACUUUAUCCAUACCGAAACAUUGGAGUUUAUAUCAGUGUUAAUACAGUGCAGUGCUCUAGGAGGAUCUCAUACCAGUGCAAAUAUAUCAGAAGAAUUAAAGAAGAUAACUGAGUCGUGGGACAUAAAAGAAAAAGUAAACUUCUUUGUCACUGACAAUGCUAGCAAUAUGGUGAACGCUGCGAACGAACUACAGUGGGAUCAUUUUGGAUGUUACGUUCAUAAGUUGAACCUUAUAGUCCAAGAAGGUUUAAAUUUACCUGAAAUAGCAUCCACAAUAACGAAGGUACAAAAAGUUGUGGCUCAUUUUAAACGAAGUUCACAAGCGAAGGAAAAACUGUUGAAAUACCAAAUAAAUGCACAGAAUGUUCCUCAAGGAAGUGCCAAAACGGUGAAGAUAUCGGUACCUACUCGUUGGAACUCCGUUUAUUUAAUAUUACAACGUUUCAUCGACCUACAGGAGGCGCUAAGGGCUACGAUCCCCAAUUUAACUGCCAAUCUCCCUAUAAUACCACUGGAAGAAUGGAAAUGCAUUGAACAACUUUUAGAUGUUUUAAAACCCUUUUAUGAAGUCACAGUGAUGAUGAGUGCUGAAAAAUAUCUUACUGCUAGUAAAGCACUUGUUGUCACACAGGGCUUAAUGACCAUAUACGACGUUCUCUCAGGCAAAGAAUUUUAUGUACCGGUAAAAAAAUUGAUCGCUACAAUGAAGACGAGUCUGAGUUCCCGCUUUAAGGGUAUCGAACACAAUCAAGCUAUUGGAUUAUGCACCUAUUUGGAUCCUCGCUUCAAACAGCAUGCAUUUAAGGACAAGGAUGCUUUAGCCACCAUAAAAUGUGUUUUAAUCGACAAAGCUACAGAACUUGCUGAAGACGAUAAUGAUGUGGGGAAACCAGAUGUCCAGAACUUGCAAGUGGAAGAAGGCUCCCUCUCUAUUUGGCUCGAAUUUGACAAAAAGGUCCAAGCUAUAAAAAGGCCUAAAUGCGCUAGUACUAAGGCAAUGGAAGAAAUAGACAUGUACACGAAAGAAGGCAUAAUUACCCGUGCAGAUUGCCCUUUAAAUUGGUGGCGAGAACGUAAAGCCUUGUACCCAACUCUGUACUUAUUGUUCAUCAAAUCCUGCAAUAUCGUAGUUACUUCUGUGCCAUGUGAGAGAGCUUUUUCGAAAAGUGGAAAUUUAAUAUCGGAUAGACGCACAAGGCUUACUUCAUCGAAAGUAAGCCAAAUAAUGUUUUUAAAGAGUAACUAA